UUUUCUUUUACCGGCAUUUCAGCACCGCUACCGAUCGUUAAGUAAAUCGGUGGCAGGGAAGUCGAUUGAUCUAUUUUUUUUAUUAUUUAACUUUACACACAAAGUAACAAACAUGCCGGGAUACGCCGACAGAGACCGUGGCAGAGACAGGGAUAGGGACAGAGACCGAGGCUACGGCGGCGGCCCUCCUCGUUUUGGUGGGAGCCGAGGCGGUGGUGGCGGUGGAGGAAAGUUCGGCAACCCUGGUGACCGCCUAAGGAAGAAACACUGGAAUCUGGACGAGCUUCCUAAGUUCGAGAAAAACUUUUACCAGGAGCACCCUGAUGUAUCGAGGAGGCCUAUGCAAGAAGUUGAACAAUACAGGAGGGCCAAAACGAUCACGGUGAAGGGGAGAAACUGCCCAAAUCCCAUCGUAAAUUUCCACGAAGCAAGUUUUCCAUCCUACGUUAUGGAUGUGAUCAACAAGCAAAACUGGACUGAACCAACCCCCAUUCAGGCUCAGGGCUGGCCUUUAGCACUGAGUGGCAAUGAUAUGGUCGGCAUCGCCCAGACUGGCUCUGGCAAAACUCUAUCGUACCUGUUGCCUGCGAUUGUUCACAUCAACCACCAGCCUUUCCUGGAGCGUGGUGAUGGACCCAUUUGCUUGGUGCUGGCCCCAACACGUGAGCUGGCACAGCAGGUACAGCAGGUGGCUGCAGAGUACGGCAGAGCCUCUCGCCUCAAGUCCACCUGCAUCUAUGGAGGAGCACCCAAGGGGCCACAGAUCCGUGAUCUUGAAAGAGGUGUGGAGAUUUGCAUUGCAACGCCAGGCAGGCUUAUUGACUUCCUUGAAGCAGGAAAGACUAACCUGCGUCGCUGCACUUACCUCGUGUUGGACGAGGCUGACAGAAUGCUGGACAUGGGCUUUGAACCACAGAUCAGGAAGAUUGUUGACCAAAUCAGGCCUGAUCGGCAAACUCUGAUGUGGAGCGCCACUUGGCCCAAAGAGGUGCGUCAGUUGGCUGAAGACUUCCUGAAAGACUACGUGCAGAUCAACGUUGGCGCCCUGCAACUCAGUGCCAACCACAACAUCCUUCAGAUUGUCGAUGUGUGCAACGAUGGCGAGAAGGAGAACAAACUAAUUCGCCUGCUGGAGGAAAUCAUGAGCGAGAAGGAGAACAAGACCAUCAUCUUUGUGGAGACAAAGAGGCGAUGUGAUGACCUGACCAGGAGGAUGAGGCGGGACGGAUGGCCAGCCAUGGGAAUCCAUGGAGAUAAGAGCCAGCAGGAGAGAGACUGGGUUCUUAAUGAGUUCAAAUACGGCAAGGCUCCGAUUCUCAUCGCCACAGAUGUCGCCUCCAGAGGUCUAGAUGUUGAGGACGUGAAAUUUGUCAUCAACUUUGACUACCCCAACAACUCUGAGGACUAUAUCCACCGCAUUGGCAGAACGGCCCGUAGCCAAAAGACAGGCACGGCUUACACCUUCUUCACCCCCAACAACAUGAGGCAGGCCAGCGACCUCGUCUCUGUGCUCCGCGAGGCCAACCAGGCCAUCAACCCAAAGCUCCUCCAAAUGGCGGAAGUCAGAGGAGGUCGUUCAAGGGGCGGCAGAGGUGGUGAUUACGAGCGCCGGGAUAGGUAUUCGUCAGGAAGGAGAGAUUUUGGCAGUUUUAGGGACAGGGAUGGCAGUCGGGGCUUUGAUAACGGACCAAACAAGGCGUUCAGUGCAAACACACAGAAUGGAGGCUACGGGGGGAACAAUGGCGGCGGCAGCAACGGCUUUGGGGGGGGCAGCUACAACGGCAAUGGACAGUCCUUUAAUAACCAGGCGGCGGCCUACCCCCCUCAGAACAACUUCCAGCCCCAGCAGAAUGGCACCAGCCACCCUCCCUUCCCCUUCCCCCCAGCACAGGCUCCUCAGCAGCAUCCACCCCCCCUCGUGUCCUAUGCUAUGCCGCCCCAGUUCCCCCAGUAAACACACAAAGAAGUAAUUUAUUGCUUUUUUUGACAUUUUAAGUUCCCUACCUAAUCUAGGUGUUUUUUGUAUUUACACGACAGGGUUACAAACUACUUUAACCUAUUAAGAUCUGCAGUGCAAACUAUAGCGUUGCACCCCCCCCCCCCCCACCACACACCUUCACUCUAUUGCUAUUUAAUUUGUUACAUUCCUCAGUAAUGCUAGUUAUGUUUUUGUACUGCGUAAUUUCAAGAGUACUGUCCUUUCAUGUGUAUCCUUGAAACUGAUGUUACCUCCCACCAUGAAGUGCACUGCAUGAUCUUUCAAAUAAAACCAACAAAAACUA